AUGACAUCAAUGAGUACACCCUUUGCAAAUAAUACACCACCCUUAAUACCACCAACCGACUUUUCACAAAUCCCAACUGAUUCCCUUGAAUCGAUAAGAAAUCGUCUAAACCAAAUCCAUCUCUCUCUACGCAAACUAGCUGAUCAAAUCAAUGGUCAUAAUCGACAUCCAAAUAAAAUAAAACUUCCAACCUAUUCUCAUUUCCAAAAUCAAUUCCAAGUCUUAAUUACCCAAUUAAGUUCAAUCGCAGCCAUUUUAAAUUCAAAUGAAGAUUUGUUGAAAAAUACAAAUGCAUAUCCAACUCCUACUUUCCCAACUAGUGCUCAAGAAGGAUUGUUGACAACAUUACUUCGAAAGAAAGCAUUGCCUGAAGUUGAUGAAUGGAUAACUAGUGCUUUAAAUAAGAGUGAUUCAGAUGAUAAGAUAAGCUUGGCAAAACGGGAUGAAUUAGCACAAUGGUGUUUUGCCAAAGUUCAAGAAUUACGAGAAGAAUUUCAAUUCUAUGGAUUUCAUACAAUGGAAGAAUUGGAUUAUUUGGAAACUCCUCAAGGAAAAUUAGAAGCUCAAGAAAAGAAAGAAGUUGAGAAUAAACGUGAAGAACAAGAAUUGAAGAUUACUACUGGUGGGAAGAAAGGAUUACAUCCUAAUCAAGUCUUGAAAUUUAUGUAUCAAGGUCAGAUAUAA